AUGCCUCAGGAUAUGCCCCCCGUGGGGGGUUAUGCCCAGGUGCAAUAUAAGCGCAAUGUCCCCGCCCGUGGCUUCAAACCCUUUUACUACAUGGCCGGCAUGCACUUGAUCAUGGCUUAUGGAUUCUACCGAUACUUCCAGGGUGUCCGCGAGCAACGGUAUGUCCCGCGCACUGGCAAGUGCCUUUCCGUUCGGCCCCGAAUACUGCAAUUGGAAACCGAGAUUCGGACGGAGCACCGUGAACUUGCCCGUGAGAAGAUGUGGGGUCGUCUUUACCUCGCCCCUCUCCUCCAGGCAGAGGAAGACCGCGACCAGGUCCGUCGGUACUACGCUGAUAAGGCGCGUGAGAAGGAGCUCCUCGGUACCGAGAGCAAGAUUUACAACUCGGAUCGUUUCGUCCGCCCUACUUUCGUCUAUACCCCGUCCAAGAUCACCCAAUAG